AAGGGGUUGAUUGGUCGACAUCCAUCGCGACCAACGCUUGUGUGUCGUGGCACUGUCGUGUUCCACAGGUUCGAGACAUGGUGGUAUAUACCGUGUUACGUGCGAUCUCUCAGCCGUACGUGCACGACGAACAACGUAUCUCGCAACAAAUUGAAAUCGUGUUGGACGACGCGACGACGGCGGACCCAAGGAGGCAAGACUUCAUAUCGCCGCUCGAAUCCGCGGAAGGGACCCUCCCGUCCCCCCUCCCCCCUCCCUCCCCCUCCCACGCGUCGUACGAUGGCACAGAAUUGAAUCGUUACGUGUAUGUAUCACAACCUCUCGAGCGAGGCUUCGAAACGCUCAGUCACUCACUCUUCGAGAACGUUCCUCUCGUCCUUUCCCCCGCGACAGUCGACUACGUACGUAUGUAUAUUGCUUUCCAUGUUUCUGUUCACGCGACGAUACACACAUACGUAUUCACACACACACAUAUAUAUGUGUGUGUGUGUACGUGUGUGUGUGUGUGUGUGUGUGUGUUUUUCACGCGAACCACCGCUGGUUCUGUUUUACCAGAACAACUCGUGGCCGAGUCUCGAGGUUGACGCCGAUGCUGCGGCUGCUGCUGCUGUCGAAGAUGAUGAUGCUCCGGGCGGCCAUGGCGGCUGA